AUGAAGAAUAAUGUGUCGUUGCUUACGCCGAACAAAUCAAGUAAAUCAAGUAACUUUCAAUUUGGCUGUGCAAUUGUGGUGAUGUCUAAACAAGUAAUGAGGUCUGUAAUAUUAUCUUUGCUUCAUCGCUAUUUAUUACUGGCAUUGGAUGGCGACAUUCAUCUAAAUCCAGGUCCAGUUCGUGCACAAAAUCUUGUGUCUUCCCCGCAAGGAAAUAGUUGUUUUAGUCUACCAAGUCGUGGCCUUCGGAUAGGCCAAUGGAAUGUAAACCGUCUGAAUGAAACAAAGUUUGAGCAAGUGCAAAUUGAAAUCCUUGGCCAUGACUAUAACGAGGUACGUCUGGAUAUUUUGAUUAUAAAUGAAACGUUUUGGAAUUCGCAAACCUCUACUGAAUUGUUUAAUAUACCUGGCUUUGACUUAUAUAUAAGAAAUCGGAAUAGUACUUCGAAAACUUUGAAUGGUGGUGGUAUUGCAAUAUAUGUUAAUCGUGAUUUAAUUGCUAAAAGAAGACAUGACUUGGAAACAAUCGAGUUGGAAGUUUUAUGGUUGGAAUUGUGCCCAUUUAAGUCGAAGAGAAGUCUCAUUAUAUGUGGCAUUUAUCGCCCACCAAACUCCGACAAAAAUUACGAUGUUCAAUUGGGUAUGAAUAUCGAAAAUGCUUCCAUGCAAGGUAAAGAAACGUUAAUCCUUGGGGACUUUAAUAUCGAUUAUCUUGACACUUAUUUCAAGCAUCAUCGCUUGGUUAAGCAUUUGUUAUCCUUAUCUUUUCAACAACAUAUUAUCGAUGCUACACGUCCAAUCAGUGGUAAAGUACUCGAUGAUAUUUGGUCAAAUAGACCCGAAUUUUUAUCUCAUUGCUCGACUGCUGAUAUCUUUAUUUCUGAUCAUUUACCUGUAUGUUUCUUGCGUCGUUUUAAAAAAAAAAAUUUUUGUGGGAAAUUUAUGCAAACGCAUACUGUUAUGACUUAUCGCGAUAUGAAAAGCUUUGAUGAAGAAAAAUUUCGGAGUUCUUUGCAAAAUGUGCCUUGGAAUACAUCAUUUAUCUUCGAUGAUAUUGAGGAUAUUGUAAUUACGUGGUACUCUCUCUUCAAUAGUAUACUUGAUCAACAUGCCCCAUUAAUUUCUAAGCGCAUUAAAAAGGUGAAUAAGCCUAAAUGGCUUACUGAGGAUAUAUCUUCAAUGAUGAGAAAAAGAGAUAUGCUUCUCAAAAAAGCGAAAUCCUCUCGUUCCCAUGAAGACUGGGAGUCAAUUAGAAAAAUUAGAAAUAAAAUAAAUCAUUCAGUAUUUAAAGCCAAACAAGUCUAUUUCAAGUCAUCUCUUAUUGAAAAUCGUAAAAAUCCUAAGAAGCUUUAG